CAUUUGGCAUAUGAAUACUACUGUAGCGUGGUGGUGGUGCUGGUGGCGAUGGUGGUGAUGAUGAUGCUUACAGUGACAGUGAGUGCGGUGGUACAGUGUGUAGUGAGAUGCAGGGGGAGGGGCAAAGGUGGAGGCACCGUGUCGGGUCAGUCAGUACCGGGACGUGCCAGCAUGUGGGGCAGCGCGGCACUCCUCCUGCUGCUCCUUGCAGACUCCGAGGCAGGUGUGCGGAAGCGAUGGACGCCGAGCUGGGACUUGACCGGGAAGAACAACUGGAAGGAGGAGAAGCUGCCCUGCGGUGGUGGGAUCGCCUCCCUCCCUCGCUAUCCUGAGAACUCGUUGUUCCUCGGUGCCGAUCUCACGCUGGGCUCCCUGGACCUUCCCAUCGACGGCGAGAUCAUCCUGGGGGAGAAGGCUCGCUUUCUGUUUGACCACACCUCCAGCGGUGACUGUGCAGACGCAGAAUGGACUCACCGCGGCCGUGACCAGUGGUGGGACCCUGAAGCCUGGGCCUACCCGGGUUUCGAGGAUUCAGCUUCAUCCCCCGUGCCUCACUUGCAUCGCGUUCCCUGCACACGAGACGCAGCCAUCUUCCCAGCUCUCAGUGACUCCCUCUUCACUGUUCAACUCGCGCCUCCCGUCAUCUCUGUCACUACGCUUUCCGUCGGCAACAGAAACUUUACCACCUCGGAGUUGGCCGCCUAUGUCAGGACUCCAGAAGGGGCAAUGAGGUUUCGUGGGAUUUCCUCGAGCAGGGAUGGCGCUCCCUUGUAUGUGGAGAGUCCUGGGGAGUGUACAGACGUGACGGGCUGCAUGUGUGGAUCUGAGCCAGCAGCUUCCGUCAUCUGCAGGAUUAUGUCCAGGAAAUGUGGGACUCCUCGAUGCGACGACCCGAUAGACAUGACGGGCUUCUGUUGCCCCGUGUGUGGAGCUGAACUAACCAUUAACCAUGGGGGCUCUCUGUCUCUGGCGAGAGUCAAGACCUUACUACAAAGUCACCUCCAGGGCAGUGACAUGAAAGAUAUACGAGGACACGUCGCUAAGAUGAGUGACCAGUUAUAUCACGUGUACUUCACCGCAGCCAAUCCCGAUGGAGACUACAAGGAGGCGUCGGAGUCAUUCAAAACCAGAUUUAAUGAAGUGCUAAAUGCAGCCAACUCCCACGAGGUACUUGUGUCUUAUGCGGGAGAUAUGAAGCCUCUCGUGUCGGGAAGGGUCGCGCCUCACCACGUAGCCGUAACGCUGGUGACUCUGACCAUUUGUCUCGUGGUGGGAGCAGCAGUUUAUUACUUCAGGAAACGAAGAAUAUCGUCAUCGCUGUCCUUCAUGUUCCGCCGCCUGGAGAACAACAGCCGCCGCGUGUCUGUGGUGAGUGACGUGAUCGGUGGCCGCCGCCCAUCUAACGCAUCCAGCGUGUUUGCCUACAGCAGAGAAAGUGGGCUGAGGUUCCUCAAUCCAAUUUUUAAUCAGUCGAUGGCGUCCCUGGCAGGUGCAGGCGUGUCCUCUGUAAUUAAUGAGUCAGCCCAGGAGAUUCCAGAGGAACAAGAAGAAGGGCAACACGAGAAUCCAAUGUACACUGCCUUUCAGAACAUGCUUCCAGAGGAACGUAAGGCGUCUGAGAAAGCCAUGGAAGAGCGGGAAAAGAUUUUGGAAGCCGCAGGACAGCUCGUGGCAUCUUCAAUGAAAAACAAUAAAGAAAAGAGAAUGAGCGUUCCAUCUGAAAAUAACUUGGAAUCAAUAAAAGAAGAAAAAGAUACAAAAGAUGUCGUGAGUUGUGAUGCUGAUGUCCAUCAUACAGAAGGUACAGUUGACAGUGAGACAUCAAAGGCUAGCAACAGCUCUCCGGUCGCAGAAAAAAAUAUUGAAGCAUUGCAAGAUGAAUCCCUAAUGAAGGAUAACGAGGAAGAAAUACCCGAAGCAGAUAUUGGUGAGGUAACUCCUGAAGACAAGACUGACCCUCCUUCCCCAAAUGACGGUGCAGAUAUCACCCAGACACUUGCAGAUAUUGGCGAGGACCCUGUUAUUUCCUCUGGCCAUGUGGAGCACCGCAAGUCAAGCUCAUCAUCAUCAUCAUCAUCAGACGAUGAUGCUGAUGGCGCUCUGAGUAACCUUGAAGGCUUCACUCCUCUGGUUGACUUGAAGUUUAAAAAAUAGUUUAAAAUAUCAUAUAGCUGCCAAAGGCUCAGUAAUAUAUAAUUAUAUGCCGUAGGAAAUAAUUUAUUUGUUAUCUAUCUACUCGUAUACAAAGGUAAAAGUUACUGUAUGUCUGUCUGUGGCUGUGUCCGUUCACGAUUCGCGGCCGAACCCCUGGACCAUCGAUAUGAAAUUUUGCAUGUGGGUUUCCCUUCAACCAAACCAUUAAUUGUAACCAAUCAAUUAAUUGACGAAUUAUAAUAAAAGCUUGCAAGUUUUA